AACUUGAUUCGAAACCUAUCUCUCUUCAACCCUUUUCUCUUAAACUCUCCCAGACCACAAUAAAUAGAGGGUUUUAUUGAGAGAAAGAAAACAUUCACUAAGAAAAAAAUCCAAACAGGGAGAAUUGCCUAGCUAGCCAUGGCUAGUCCUAAUCAACAGUACCAUGGCGCCACCUUCAAACCCCACAAACACUUCGCUGCCAACAGCCCUUUCUUCUUCAAGAAAACCAAUCUCUACACCUUAGCCCUCCUUCUUUUCCUUUGCACCUUCUCUUAUCUCUUUGGUGUCUGGCGCCACGAAGGUGGCGGCGGCGUCUUAUCCGUUAACAAGAGCGCCGCUACUGCCACCACCAACACCAUUGUUUCAAUCCCAUGUAACCCCUCAAAAGCCACCACUGCUGCAACAAGAGGGGGGAAGCCCCUUGACUUUUCAUCCCACCACAAGGCAGAUGAUUUAGAUUUCACGUUAACAUCAGAAGUCAAAAGCUACCCAUCAUGCAACGUGAACUUCAGCGAAUACACACCGUGUGAGGAUGCAAAAAGAUCAUUGAGAUUCAAGAGGCACCAAUUGAUAUAUAGAGAAAGGCAUUGUCCAGAGAAACAUGAGAUACUAAAGUGUCGUAUACCAGCUCCACACGGGUACAAGAACCCUUUUAAAUGGCCUGCUAGUAGGGAUUUUGCUUGGUACAAUAACGUGCCACACAAGCAUCUAACGGUGGAGAAGGCGGGGCAAAACUGGAUCAGAUUUGCAGGUGAUCGGUUUAGAUUCCCUGGUGGGGGGACUAUGUUUCCUAAUGGUGCUGAUGCUUAUAUUGAUGAUAUUGGAAGAUUGAUCAAUCUCAAAGAUGGGUCUAUUAGGACUGCCAUUGAUACUGGUUGUGGGGUUGCAAGUUGGGGAGCAUAUCUUCUGUCACGCAAUAUAUUAACAAUGUCAUUUGCACCAAGGGACACUCACGAAGCACAAGUGCAAUUUGCCCUAGAACGAGGAGUUCCUGCCUUGAUCGGAAUUUUGGCCUCAAAAAGGCUGCCAUACCCAUCUAGAGCUUUUGACAUGGCACAUUGCUCUCGUUGCCUUAUUCCAUGGGCCGAAUCCGGAGGACAAUAUUUGAUUGAAGUUGAUCGAGUUCUAAGACCUGGUGGGUAUUGGGUUUUGUCUGGUCCUCCAAUUAAUUGGAAAAAACAUUGGAAGGGCUGGGAAAGAACAAAAGAUGAUUUGAAGGAUGAACAGAUGAAAAUUGAGGCUGUGGCUAAAAGCUUAUGUUGGAGAAAAUUUGUCGAGAAAGGAGACAUUGCUAUUUGGCAAAAACCAAUCAAUCACUUGAAUUGUAAGGUUAACAGGAAGAUCACACAAAAUCCAUAUUUCUGUCCUGCUCAGGAUCCUGAAAAAGCCUGGUACACAAACAUGGAGACAUGUUUGACUCACUUGCCUGAGGUAUCUAACAAGGAAGACGUCGCCGGCGGGGAAUUGCCGAAAUGGCCUGAGAGAUUGAAUGCUGUGCCACCAAGGAUUAGUAGGGGAACUUUGGAAGGAAUUACAGCUGAGACUUUCCAGAAAGAUACAGCUCUAUGGAAUAGGAGAGUAUCUUAUUAUAAAGCUGUAAAUAACCAAUUAGAACAAGCUGGUAGGUACCGCAACAUUUUGGACAUGAACGCUUACUUGGGUGGAUUCGCUGCUGCUCUUACUGAGGACCCUCUUUGGGUUAUGAAUGUGGUUCCUAUCCAAGCUAAGGUUAACACUCUUGGAGUAAUUUAUGAACGAGGAUUAAUUGGAACAUAUCAGGAUUGGUGUGAAGCCAUGUCUACGUAUCCAAGAACUUAUGACUUAAUCCAUGCUGAUUCUGUAUUUAGCCUCUAUGAUGGCAGAUGUGAAAUGGAAGAUAUUUUGCUAGAGAUGGAUAGGAUUCUGAGGCCUGAAGGAAGUGUAAUCUUUAGAGAUGAUGUUGAUGUGUUGGUGAAGAUCAAGAAAAUAAGUGAUGGACUGAACUGGGAUAGUCAAAUUGUUGAUCACGAAGAUGGACCUCAUCAGAGGGAAAAGCUUCUUUUUGCUAUCAAGACCUACUGGACAGCUCCUGCUGAAGGCCGACAUGAGUCCACCAGAUCUUCCUAAGGAGCUUCACUUCCAUUUUCUUUGUUUUUUGUUUAGAUUUCUUUUCUCUCUCUCAAAUAUGAUUCUUUCUUCGAAUAGUUAAAGCUCAACCAAUUCAUCAGAUAAACUCUAAAAAUUAUGCUACUCGUCUUGAAUUGGACACAGAAGUGCCUAGCCUCUUGUUUCAGGUUCUGUAUUUACCUCCAUGGAAAUGGGCUUGUGCCCAAAUCAAGAACAUGUUUUGUGCUGGGCACUUUUCUUACACAUAAACUUGAUGAUCUAACUACAAUAUUGAAUUCAACACGUACAUUUGUUGCGAGCUCAAAGCUUCUGUUAGGUGAGUCAUGUAAAAGAUCAACUAUAUCUAGCCAAGCUCAAACUAUAAAUUAAGGCAGAGAUUAGCAUAAUGAGAUAUCAAAGCAAGCUAGCUAGCAAUCAUACAGAAGCUCUAGAAAUUUAGUCGUCACAAAUUGUUGGAUAAGCAAACAUGGCAUCACUCAAGUCUCUUAGCUCCCCAGCAGCACUGCUUCUCUUGCUCAUUGCACUUGCAGUGCAGACUCAACUGGCUCACUCGCAGAUAUGCACAUCCCAGCUCAACAGCCUGAAUGUCUGUGCACCAUUUGUGGUGCCUGGUGCACCGAACACCAACCCUAGUACUGAUUGUUGUAAUGCACUUGGUGCAGUGCAACAUGACUGCCUCUGCAGCACUCUCCAGAUUGCGGCUCGCCUCCCUUCUCAAUGCAAUCUUCCACCUAUCACUUGCGGUAACUAGAGCUAGCAGGUACAAGACAAGCAUGAAGCUGUUGGCAAAAGAGUGAAAAUAAUAUUAAUUAGGGUAAUUGGAACUUCAAUCAUUGAAGCUUAUGAUCCAUCAACCUUCCUUCUCUCUUUCAAAUGUGUCCCGAUGAUCUGUAACCAAGCAGAAGCUUCAUGCUGAUUAAUAAAUUAAACACAUUAUUAGUUGUUAA